AUGGCGCGCUCAGAACCACCUUCAGCAACCUCCACCCCCAGAUCUUUUACCAAUCAGAUAGCUUCAACCGAAGAUCUUCUUAAAUCCCAGACAGUUGGUCUCGUGCAUCUUGACGACUUUCGCAAGCGACGUGCAGAAGUGCUCGAGCAGAAGGAGAAAGAAGCACAGGAUAAUGCUUAUGGUAGAAUUAAAUCCAGCACCCCGAGAGUUGAAACACCAGGAGCCCAUGAUGAGAGCGACGGUGCAUUGACACCAGGAAGCGAACCCCGAGGACAACCUCCUAGGAAAAGGAAAAGGAAGGCCCCCAAAGGAUUGCUCUCAUUUGGUGAGGAUGAAGAAGAAGAAGUACUAAGUGGUACUUCAUCGGCCUUUCACACUCCAAGUGGCAGACAAGCUCGUUCACCAGAUCCCUCUGCCCAGAAGAGUAGGGAGACAUCUACUCCCAGGCGUCUAACACCCAAUCCCACCUCACUUUUACCGGCACCAAAGGUUCAAACCAAAGCAACUCUACAGGCUGAAGCUAUUGCCCGCGAUAGUUUACGACGAGAAUUCCUAGCUCUGCAAGAAGCAGUCCGAAAUACUGAGAUUGCAAUACCUUUCGUGUUCUAUGAUGGGACGAACAAUCCCGGCGGAGUCGUCCAGGUCAAGAAGGGUGAUCACGUCUGGCUGUUCCUAGAGCGAUGCCGAAAGGUGGGCGCACAGCUGGGAGUGUCCGGUGGCGGAGGAGGUGGCGGAGGAGGUGCGAAGAGCAAGAAUGAUAGCCGAAGGGAAUGGGCAAGAGUGGGUGUGGAUGAUUUGAUGUGUGUGCGUGGAGAGGUGAUUAUUCCACAUCACUACGAGUUCUACUACUUCAUCGCCAACCGUAUUCCUAGCUCGUCAAAGUCAACUAGUCUUCUUUUUGACUAUUCGAAUGCUGUAGUACCGUCAAAUUCAGACAGCACAAGCUCUGGUCUGAAUCUGGAUGGCGGCAAUCAAGAUCUGGAAGGUAGGGAUACAGAUCCCUCGUUGACAAAAGUCGUAGACAGGAGAUGGUACGAAAAGAACAAGCACAUAUACCCAGCGAGCCUCUGGAAGGAGUUUGAGGCCGGAGAAGGUUUCGAAGAGAAGCUAGCACAAUCGAGAAGAGAUGCAGAAGGCAAUGCGUUCUUUUUCUCUUGA